CUACAUGUAUUACAUUGUAUCUGACACACUAUCAUUGUAAUACUGUCAUUCGUCGUUGCCGGACACCAAAUGCCACUGCCAAACACCAAAGUACCACCGCUGAUAGUCGAUAUUGACCGUACAGGAAAGGGGAAGGAAUACAGUGGAAAGAAGAAGGAAAGAAAGUCGUCGUCAAAGGGUGCAAGGCCGGAUGAUGUCUGUAAUUACUGCAAAGAACCAGGGCAUUGGAAGUUUGAUUGUCCUAAGCAGAAGAUGCAGAAAAAGGACAAGAUCGAGGAUGCUCACGGUUCUGCAACUAUGGCAGAAGCUGAUGAUACAAACUCUGAAGAAGAUCUGGUUCUAUUUGUCAAUAACCAAACACAUUGUAAGGAUGUGUGGGUUCUUGAUUCUGGGGCGUCUAAGGGUUUCAGUUUCGAAGGUAAAGGUGGAGUUAUGAGUGUCUACAAGGAUUCGAAGGUGGUUCUGAAAGGUAUUAAACAUGGUACCUUAUAUCUUCUACAGGGAUCGGUCAUUGUUGCAUCUGAGAUUCAUAGAGGUGAUGAAAGUCUUGAUGUUAAGGUGGAGGUUCCAUCUGCACGGAUUGAGACUCUUGAUCACCUAGAAGAAUAAUCUGUUUCUACGCCUCAAUGAGGUGAUCUGUGCCCCGGGAGGGGGCAAUCUGGGCCCGUUUGGAGCAAUCUGACCCAUGAAGGGCAAUCUGGACUUCAAGAGGAGUCAUCUGGACACUAGGUUGGUGUCAUUUGUUUCUGUUUAGGUUGUUUCUGUUUAGGUUCCAUGAAGAGUCAUUUGGACUCAAUGUGGAGUUUGCAUCUGUUGGUGUUUUAGCUUGAGUAAUCUGUUCCCCAUGCGCAAGGGAAAUCUGCUUUGGUGUUUCACAACACUUCUGAACUCAAGUGAAACAAUCUGUUCCUGUCUUUUAGUGACAUUUGUGUCUUUUGGUUGGACUUUUGGUACCUAUGGUACAUUUGGUCACUUUUGGAAGGAAAUCUGAAGGGGAGAUCUGGCACAACCAUGGUGCAUCUGAAGAAUCUGUAUGGAGAAUUCAAGUCAAGGUGGAGAUUUGUUGUAAUGCCUUGAAUCUGAUCCGUUACAGCUCCAGAUCCGGAGAAGUCCAACUUCGGAGAAAUCCGGAUCCGGAGAAGUCUGGCUUCUGAGAAAUCCGAAUUCCAGAGAAGUCGAGAAAUCCGAAUUCCGAGAAAUCCGAAUCUUGAGAGAUCCGAACCCUACUCUAAUUGGG